AUGCGCUCGACCUUGGUAGCUAACCUCGAAGCCUUGACACACUCGAUGCCCGCCUAUAUGAUUCCCUCGCUCUUUGUACCCCUCCGCUAUUUGCCCCUUAAUCUCUCCGCCAAAACCGACCGCAGUAAGCUCCGUCGUCUGCUCGAUGACGUUCCUAUGGAGGCUCUCUCCUCGUACCGCCUCGCGCAAGAGACCGUCAAACAGCCACCGUCCACGCCACUCGAACGGCGCCUCCAUCGUCUCUGGAGCCAGGUCCUCGACCUUCCUGGCCCCUCUAUUGGCGUGAAUGACCCCUUUGUGCAGCUCGGCGGCGACUCCAUUAUAGCUAUGUACUUGGUCAGCGCCGCUCGCGAGGCUGGCAUUUUGUUCUCGGUGGCCGAGCUGUUCCAGGCGUCUAGUAUUGCUAACAUGGCCGAGAUCGCCUAG